GAGGAACACGUAAACAACACGGGGCAAUCUGAUACAUCGGGGUCCUCAUUUACCGGAAACGGGUUCCAAAAUUACGAAGAGCCAAGUGAUGAUCAAGAUGGAAUAGAAAGAAGGAUGAAAGAGUUUGAUCAAGAACUAUCGAAGAUAGUUGGAUUGCAUGAGCUUAAACUUCAGCUUAAGAAAUGGGCAAAGGGGAUGCUCAUGGAUGAGAAGCGUCGUGCGAUGGGGAUAAAUCUCGGACCAAGAAAAGCACCUCACAUGGCGUUUCUUGGAAAUCCCGGGACAGGUAUUUUCGCUCAAUUAUCGGCCGUUAUUUAUAUCACUAUUCUUUUUAUUAAUUGGAUCGUUGAGUAUUUCUUGUGCAGGUAAGACCACCGUGGCACGAAUCCUGGGCAAACUACUUCAAUCUGUUGGUGUACUUUCUUCUGAUAGUGUAAUAGAAGUGCAAAGAUCGGAUUUGAUAGGAGAGUAUAUUGGACAAACCGGACCAAAGACUAGAAAAAAAGUAUGAAAUAUUUUUAUGUCCCGUAUUGUUCUUAAAGCUUCUUCGAUGUUUUAAUAAUAAUGGAUUGAUGAUUUUAUAGAUCGAAGAGGCUAUGGGGGGGACUUUGUUCAUCGAUGAAGCAUAUCGCUUAGCACCCGAGCAGGGUGCAGGUCAUAGCCAAGACUUUGGUGUGGAGGCAUUGGAAGAGAUUAUGUCUGUGAUGGAAGAUGGAAAUAUUGUGGUCAUUUUUGCCGGCUAUACUGAGCCGAUGAAGCGUGUGUUCUCUUCGAAUGCGGGAUUUUGCAGGAGAGUUUCCCACUUUUUUCAAUUUGAUGAUUUUACAUGCAACGAUCUUGCACAGAUGGUGAUGAUAAAGAUGAGCAAGCAAAAUGAGAAGAGCAGGUUGUACGGAUUUAAGCUCCAUCCUUCGUGUACACCCGGUGCUAUUCUUAAAGUGAUUGAGAAGAACUCCUCUGAGAAGCUGCGGAACAAACUGAAUGGAGGUUUGGUUGAUCAUAUGUUGAACAAUGCUCGGGAAAAUCUUGAUUCGAGGCUGGAUUUGAAUUCUAAAGGCGAUGAACUACUGACAAUCACGUUACGUGAUUUGGAGGCUGGACUUAAAAUAUUAUCGCAGCGAAUCAAUGUUGACUGAAGAAGAUGAUGAAAUAGAAAUGAGAAGUUGGUUUGAUUUGUGUGUGAAUGAAAAUGUUGUUGCCGGAAGAUCAUUGUACAAGUCCAGGAUCAUUGCAUUCCUUGAGAUGAUUUUCUAAUUUUCAUUUUCUUAUGUUUGUAUUUAAAUGAAUUCAUUUAAUUAGUUAUGUAAGGAAAUAAGUACGAACAUAAUAGAAC